AGCUACUACCGGUAAAGAAUUCGAGUGACGAACGGGAAGCAAGAUAAAACUUUGAGUAUGCUUCCAAACGAAUAACGCCGUAUCUCUCAGCUACAUCAACAGUUGAUCUUGCACAGUGGACACGGCAGGUUGUUUCUAAUUAAAUGUGUUUGUGUCCGAAAAAGCUCAUCUUGCGAAAUGAUGCCACCAACAAUAAUCCCCGCGUGGCUGAAUGAGACGUUUUUCGAGGAGAUUUACGUCAGUCAGCAUCGCCUGGAACCGGGCAAGUUCGAAGUGAGGAUUAAUAGCGUUACUCCUACCGGCGGUGCUGGAGAAAAUUAUACAUCGUCGCUGUAUCGCGCCAAUGUGGAUGCUGUUUGUGAUGAUGGUAACAUCAUCACUCUCGGGGUCAUUAUCAAAGCCAUCAUCACCAGACCGGAAAUGAAGCAAUUCAGUGUAUUUGCCCGCGAGAAGCACUUCUACGAGCGAACGCUUCCUUCAAUGGAGCAACUUUGGGCAGACGCCGGUGAGACCACCCAGUUCGGCCCUCGUUGUUGGAAGGUCGUAGAAGGAGACACGGAUAUCAUCGUGAUGGAUGAUCUGGGCGCGGAAGGAUACAGUGUGGCCAAUCGUCGGCAGGGUGCUGAUCUGGAGCACGCUAAAAUCUUUCUUGGGAAGCUUGCAAAAUUCCAUGCAGCUGGAGCUGUCCUGUAUCGGAAGGAUGGGCCAACGUCAGAUUUGUAUGAAUGCAUGUUAGUUAAUCCAAAGGGAAAGGGAUUGAUGGAACAAUAUAUUAAAAAGGUUAAGCCUGUGUUUCUGGCAAUUCUUUCUUCCUCGCCAGACGAUGAAAUAUACAAAUCUAAAAUGGAGAAAUGCAUGGAAAAUCAAUUUGAUAAGAUAGGCUCGGCUCUCAAAUUUGAAGACACCGAUUUCAUAACGCUUUGUCAUGCCGAUGUAUGGACGAACAAUCACAUGUACAACUACCAUCAAUCUGGAACCCCAAAGGAUGUCAUACUGAUUGAUUACCAAGGAUCAUUUUACGGUUCUCCAGUAACGGAUUUAUUCUAUUACAUUGUGAGUUCAGCAUCGUUAGAACUGAAGGCCACACAGUUCGAUGAAUUAGUUCAGUACUAUCAUUCGCAAUUGACUAAUGCGCUGAAAACUCUUAAAUACCGACGUGCUAUUCCAAGUCUGCGCGAUAUCCAUAUUGAUAUGCUAAAACGUGGAUAUUUUGGCCUGCAGUGUCUGUAUGGAAUUCUUCCAGUGGUUUUGCUGGACAAGAACGAGAAUGCCAAUAUGGACGGAUUUUUUGGCGAAAGCGAGGAAAAUGAAAAGUUCAGACACGACGUUUAUAACAAUCCACUGUAUUAUAAACACUUGAAGGUUCUUUUGAAGCUAUUCGAUGUUCGAGGGUUAUUAGAUUUUUAGUUAAUAAAUGAAAAAUAUGU